AGAAGAGCUCCUCCCCUCACUUCUAUCCGGGUCCUGCCCCGGCUGAAAGAAAAGGAGGAGCACUCGCGCCCAGAGUUACCGGAAGUGAUCUCCGCGUCCACAAACUUCACUUUCGCUCUCUGCAAACAUGCGAGUGUGGUUCCCAAUGAGAGAACAGUCCGGUACCGACCCACACAGGCUGAUUUUACCCGGUUCUCCGUACCGAACUUGGUCUGGAUUUGUUUGAGAGCUCAGCUGGAGCGAAGCUCUGAAAGGAUGGAGGGAGUCAGCUGGAGCACGUCCAGGUCCCAGGAGUCGUUCAGCCGCUCCACCACGGCCGACACGCUGUCCAGGCUCGCCAGCUUCAUCGCCCGCUCCAACACGAGGCAGCACGCUCAGAGCCAGCAGCAGCUGUCCCGCCUCCAGCUCUACGUGUGUCAGGAGUGCGGGAAGGCUUUCCCGUACGCGGCGGCUCUGCUGCAGCACCAGGAGCUGAGGCACACGCUGCCCAAGCCUCACCGCUGCCCCUCCUGCGGCCAGGCGUUCUCCCUGCGUUCGUCCCUGCACCUGCACAAAUGCACGACGCGGCUCUCGAACCCCGGCGAGCCGCAGGACAAACCGGCUCGCCGCCCGCCGCACCUCUUCUACGGCAGCCCGUACGCGUGCGCCCCGUGUGGGAGGAGCUUCAGCCAGAAGCAGGCGCUGCUGCAGCACCAGCAGGCGGGUUGCAGCAGCCUCCCGGACGGUUCUCCUCCGGAGGGCAGCUCGGCUCGCUCCGACCUGUCGGACAGCCGAGCAGCGAGCGUGUGCCGGCUCUGCUCCAGGACGUUCAGAACAGAGGCCGCUCUGCAGCGGCACAAACACAACAAUCACGUCGAGGAGAAGCUAAAGCCCGGAGGAGGCGACAACGAGGGGGAGAGAGGAGAGAGGACCGAUGAGGCUUCGGGAGCAAACCAAAGGCCCGUUUCCAAACAGAAGCUCCUCAGCUGCCGCUCCUGUGACAUGGUGUUCAGGAGCACCUCCAAGCUCUACGUGCACCGCAAGGAGAAGCACAGGAGAGAGAAGUCGACGAGGAGGGAGGCCCGGCCRCCCGUCAAGAAGCACCGGAAGGUGGGCGUGUACCCGUGUCAGAUCUGCUGCAGAGUCUUCUUCCACCAUCUGUCGCUGAGGGCACAUCUCAGACGCCACGCGCUGUCACAGGCCAUCAAAAACAAGAACCCUCGGGGACGUCCCCCUGAAGACCCCACACCCUCAGAAAACACAUUGAAUAAAAUCAUCAAGACACGCAAACCUGGUCCCGGGAGGCCCCCGAAGGUUCCCAGAGCGUUGAAGAGCCGGGGGAAAGCUCCCGAAGGAGCGGAGGAAGAGGAGAAGGAGUUCCCCUGCCCCUCCUGCCCGGAGGUCUUCUCUGUGCGGCGGCAGCUGAAGGAGCACAUGGAGCUGCACCAGACCUCGGAGCAGAGGAGGCGCUGCAGCGUCUGCGCCAGCGCCAUGGAGUCCUGCAACGGGCCGGGCUCCCGGAGGCACCGGCUGUACCACUGCGUGCCCUGUCACCUGGGCUUCUCCGCGCUGGACUCCUUCCUGCAGCACUGUCAGGAGCACCUGCGGCUCCGCGUGGAGGAGGACCGCAUCUCAGAGGGCGUUACGCCGCAGGCCGGGACAGCCUGACGGACACGUGUUGCCUCGUCGCACCGCAGUGGUCCAGGUUUUAUUCACCGGGCUGACAAUCAGUCAGGAGGGUCCGUCUCUCGUCUUCAUCACCUCGCUGCCUCCAAACACCUCUGAACAUUUUUUGUUUUGUUUUGUUUUUACUCGUUGAAUUGGCAUCAGGUGUUUAUUGAUGUGAGUUCUUCCACUGAAAGCAUUACUUUAAUUUGUAACUGAGGUUUUUGUCUCAGAGAAGAACUGAACCAACAUUCUCACCUGUUAGUGCAAAAGAAGCUGUUCAUUUCUUUUCUUUUCUUUUCUUUAAUUGGGUAAAAUAAAAUUGUUACUGCUGCAGCUUUGGGUUCUUCAGCUUCCACCCCACAAAGUAAACCCAGCAGAGACUCGGACAUGACCGGUUCAAGUAAACAAACUUUGCUGAUAACUUUUAUUAAACGAGCACACGGUGGUAAAACGAGCAGAACCUCUGCUUCGCUCAGCAGCGAGGACGGUUCAGGGUCGUCGUCUUUGUGAUGCGUUUUUCCUCCGAGACGCAGACGAUAAGAAGUCGGUGCGUAAGAACGUCGGGACGUGGAAAUAAAUCAAUCACUUUAGACAUAAGAAGGUCACUGACUUUGUGUCGGUGGCUGAAUGUAAACCCGUACUAUCAGGUGUUUGGGUUGAAGCUCUGCAGCUGUGUUUUUGUUUUGUUUGCAGAAAGAAAAAAAGGAUCUAUCAGAGUUUUUUAGUUUCUAAUGUGGGCGUUCCAACAAACGGGAUGUUUUACCUCCUUAGAGCUUUAAUAAAUUGCUUUCUAAGCACACAGGGUUUAUUUGUGCCAUAGUAGAUUUUUCUUAACUGUCGUUAAAAUGUUUGUUUUUGAAUCAAAUGAGUAGAAAACAUUCUCCUUUGAAAGGUACGCAUCACUAAAGUCCCUGUCACACUAGACAACUUAUGAAACAUUUUUUAUGUCUAAAUUGCUAAUGAAAGUUGUAAAUUUAAUCAGUGUUAGAAUUACAUUAUGCACACGCCAAAAAGACAUUUGCUGUUGGUUUUUCAACUCCAUCUUCAACGAGUCUUUAAAAUGUUCAUACGUUGUCUAGUGUGACAGGGCCUUAUGUUGGCAAGAUCAGUUAAAAAUUAAUUCAAUCUAAACAUAAAAUCAAAUCCUAACUGUUUUUUGUUUUUACUAAGUAAAUCUAUUUGAAAGCAGACUUUAUAAAGUGUUUUCGAUGGAUUCAAGCUUUUGUUUACAUUUCAGAAUCUGGUAAACAAUCUGCAGCGUUCAGGAUAAACCUGUUUGAUUUCAUAGUUCCCAAUGAGUAACUUUUUUUAUUUUUAUUAAAUCAUGAAAUAUUUUUAAUAUGACUGAAUCCUCUUAGUUUGAGGAGUAAUUAAUUUGUUUUCUAAAGCAUGUCUUGGUUCAAUUUGUAUUUCCAACGUCAUGAUGAUUUUAAAGCUCAUCACACCGUCUGAAGCAGAUUAAUAAUAAUCUCUGGUUCUGAUUCAUCUUUGACGGAAAAGUUAGAUUUAUUUUAUUGUGUUUUGAAGCCGUCUUGCAAAGAAGAAACUUUUUAAUUCUGCAGCCCUACAGAAGGGAGGGAGCUGGAUGUUUUGUUUUGUUUUUUCCUGUAAAGCGAGUUGUUUCAGUGACAUCAUCACACGGAGACGAACUUUUGUUCAAAUGGCUCCAAUUUAUGCAAACCUGUGGAGCGAGAGCGGAGCGUGGAAACGACACRGUGUUUUAGGUUUUCUGUCAAAUGUUUUCUGCUACUGUUUUCUGAGUGCUACUGUAGAAAUGUACUGUGUGAUUCGAAGGGUUUAGCAUUAUUUGUGGGGAGAUUUUUGUAAGUUGGUACACAACUCUUUAUAGAACAUAUAAAUAAAACUUUACAGUUAAACAUU